AGAAAUGUCAAGAAAUUGUUCCGUGGUGGUGCUCGAUAUACGGUGAGAAAAGGAAAAGUUUUUCCCUUCAUGGUUGCAACAGCAGUCAACAGAAUCACAUUCAUUUUUGUCUGGUGAUUGGUUGGAAAUUUAAUGUUACUGUGAUUACGGUUGGAAAAUGGAUUCGCUUGGUUCGGAAAUCGGUCAGAAGAUGAGGAGCGCCGUAAAGGCGAAACUAAUAGAGCUGGGCACCGGUUCUGCAAGUGGAUAUAUUGAUGAUGAGCUACCGGAUUAUGUGAUGAUUAUGGUAGCGAAUAAACGUUCACGACAGCAGAUGAUCGAUGAUUUGCAGCUGUUUCUGGGCAGUCAAACUGAAGUGUUUGUUAACUGGCUACACCAAGUGCUUCAGAAGUUAGAAGAGGUAACGCUGCCAGCUUCUGCAACAUCUUCUAUCACUGGAACUGCAAAAACCUCGAAGGAUUCUAGCGGAAAGCGCAAAGCUAGUGAGCAAAAAGAUAAAAAGGAAAAGAAAAAAGAUAAGAAGACCAAGAAACCAAAAGAGAAGACUCCUGAAGUAGUUGGAGACGUCCGUACGCCUCCACAUCCAGCUCCGCUGGGAGCAAACUCGAUUCAGGAUGUAUUUGCUAAUCAAUUUAUUCAGCAAGCAAAGAAAUCGUUAGAUAUUGAUGGAUCUGCUCCAAAGGAAGAUUCAAGUGAAAUGACACCUCCUCUACGAGAAAACUGUAACUCACAAACGGAGAAUGAGUUCGAUAUUCCAACUAUAUCUGAAAUUGCCGGUCAAACUGCUUUGCAAAAACACCAGAAAGAACUGUGCGAACUGGAGGAAAUCCAACAAAGAAUAAAACAAGCAAAAAAGCAACUGAAAGCGAUGGGCUCUGACGAGUCCGAAGAUGAGGACUUUUUGAACAUUAAAGCAAAUGACGAAGAUUUGGAGAACAUCGAGGAUGGUGGUCUGGCCCAUGCCAGAAGGAAGGAAAAACUAAAAGCGCAAAUGGCAGAAUCAGAGAAACACAAGGAACCCGAGAAGGAAAUACGCAGUGAUACUCCUCCUCCACCCGUUGAAUUGGUUAGCAAAAGAAAAUCUGUUAUGGAACGUCUAGGGACGCGUCCAGAACCAAAAGCGCCUUCGGAAGUAGUAGCUUCAGAGUCUGCCACAAAUAAAGGAACUAUCAUCAGUCUAUCAGCUCAUCGCAGAGAAGAAAGAGAGUUGUACGUUCCGGUUUUUCGUCGGAAGGAAAUGGAGGAGCAGAAGGCUAAGAAAGCUAGAGAAGCGAAACCAGUUCGAGCUAAUCGAAGCCGAAGUCGGGAAAGAGAUCGUCGACGUUCUCCUCCAAGUUGGUCGGCACGAAGGGACAAUAGUCGUGAUCGGUCGCGAAGUAGACGCGACCGUGAUAGAGAUAGGGAGCGAGACAGACCUAAGAGCCGUGAUCGUGGUCGUGAACGUGAACGCGAACGAGAACGCGAACGGGACCGAGGACGAUCGACGGCUAAAGUGAACAAUGGAACCGAUGUGCGUACUCGCAUAGGAUCUCGUGUAAUUGUUCUUCCUCCAAAACCGGAAUACAUUGAAGAAGAUGAAUUGGAGGUUCCAAUACCGAGCGUGGUGAAAGUUCAACCUCGUCCUCAAAUCCCAAAAAGCAAGCAACCUAGUAAAAAUUUACUAUUAAAAGCAAUGGCCGAAGCACAACGUUCAACGGCCGCUAAUGUUAAGAAAACUAUAAGCAAUGUAGAUGAAAUACCUUUGCGGCACCGUCGAAUGCUGAUCGAGAUUCCUGGCGCAAAUUCAGAAAGCUUGCAGCCGCUAGAUGUUGAUUAUGGUGAGGACGACGAUGAUGAUGAGGACAUUGUGAAUCAUGUUCUCGGCGAUGACGACGAGGACGACGAACUGCAGCGAAUUCUUGCCAAUGCUAACGACGAAUAUAUUCCGGAACCUGUGUCCAUGUCGAUCUCCGGACGAUCAGACACCGAUAGCGAUGGAUAUGUGUAUGUUCCUUCUGCAAAACUGUCCGGUCAGGCUCACACCGGAUCGCUAGAAGAAUAUGAUCCCAAAGAUAUAUCCAAGAAUCCCAAGUUUGUCGUCACGUUGGACGGAGGAGCAUACAAAAAAACUCGCACUUCUCCCAGUCAUACACCACCUCCCCCGGUGAAACCGAAACUCUCCAUCAAGGAUCGAAUUGGUGUUAAAGUUUCGCCAAAUAAGAGCGAAAAAAAGUCCACUCCGCCAGAUGAAGACGAAAAGGACGACCGUGUCCAUCAAGAAACUCUAAAACGACGAAAGGAACGUUUUAGCGUGAAAGCUCAAUCUAAGGAAGCUGCAAAGCAACGAGAUGGUGCCUCAAAAACGUCACCAGAAAAACGAUCCAAGUCAUCGUCGUCGAAAAAAUCUAGUCCCACUAAAAGAGAUAAAACAGCUCGUGCUUCCAACACUGAUUCGAAUCGGAAAACUUCACCGGGCCGAGAUUUGAAUGAGCUGCUACUACAGCGCACCAAGGAACUACUGGUAGAUGAUAGUGUGUCCUCUUCGCCAAUCUACAUGUCCAAAACAGAUUACGACAAAAUUGAACCCAACUCGUCGUCUCGCAAACGAAAACGUGUAUCGCCUAUUCAAUUUGCCCUCACGGAUGAGGAAGCGGAUGAUACGGACGGUGAGUACAAUCACCAUCGGGAUCGCGAACUUCGAGAGAGAAAAUCGGUGGAACGAGCAGCUAGUGUCGACGAGGACAGCGUCGGCAGCAGACAGGAUCAGCGGAAGGAACGCGAGAGUGAACGUAGGGGCAAUGACGAAGAGAGGAGAAAAAGUGUUGGUACCGGCAGUAGUAAAAAAAUUAGUACGAAUAGUAGUGAGCCUGCGGAGCCAAAAACUCCUACCAAGAAGAUUAGGAAGCUGGAAUCGACUAGAAAGUUUGAUGAUAUACCGCAAUUGCUCAGCUCCGUUUCGGUUCCUUCGGAUGGUUUGUCCAAAAGCAAGGCUACCAUCAAGGAACGUUGCAAAUAUUUCCCGCUCUGUCGGCAGGGUGACUCCUGUGAAUUUCUUCAUCCGAGCACUAUGUGUAAAGCGUUCCCAGCAUGCAAGUUCGGCGACAAGUGUCUCUAUCUGCAUCCGUUCUGCAAAUUCGACAAAACCUGCCAUCGGCUGGAUUGCAACUAUAUGCAUACGAAACCGCUCUCAAGUCACGGAUUGGGUUCCAGUGGGACGUCGGCUCCUCCGUUGGCAUCCUCGGUAGUGCCGGUAUCGACUUAUAAAUCCAUAACUGCGAAACCUCUUCCGCAGAUGUGCAAGUUUUACCCAGGUUGCACGAACGGCCUGUGUCAAUACUAUCAUCCGAAGAUGUGCCGAUUCGGGAAACACUGCAUGAACAAGGUGGAAUGCAAUUUCUACCAUCACGAGUUGCCCGGCGGCCUUAGUGGCCUUGGAGAUUAUCCCGAGGCACCGCAGAAGGAUAAAUUUAAGUGGAUCUCCCCAUUCUCAGCUUAGAGCGAUUGGACUUUCGGAUAUUUUUAUAGGUUCAUUUAGGACUUCACAAUGUCAUCUAUUCUACUGGUACCCAACCUCCAACGGUAUCUAUGUAUUCAAUUCACUUCUGCUACAUACAAACAUACAUGCAUACAUACAUACUAGUUUCUAAGGUUAUUUGAUGUGUUUUUAUUGUUUUCGUAGUUCUAAGCUAGAGUUAUUUAUUAUGAAUUGGACUGCUUCAAAAUCGAAAAUUGAAAAUUAGGCGCACAGCGGUUGUUUCUCUCGAAAACAGAUGCGCCCGGUAUACCAGGUAAAAUCGAAAUUGGGUCAUUAUUCGGUUGGUAAACCAGCUAAAGUAUAAAAAAAUCAUUUGUAUUGUGGCAUGAAAAAGUCUCUCAAAUAAUUGUAAAUAUCAACAAGGAGAAAGGACGUACAGAAUUUCACUGGAACUAGGUUUAAAACACAAACCAUUAUCUCCUGUCCGAGGGUAGAAUUAAAAAAUUUUCGAAAGAAAACCACUUUCGAUGGCAGAUCGAUGUUUUAUUAGUGAAUAAAGUUUGAAAAUCUAUGAACAAAGAAAAAUAAACAGUGAACUUUUAUGUUGCAAUUAAGUUACUACACAAGUACUAAAAAUAUGGUAUCAAGCAUUUUGGUUGAGAAAAAUAACACUAAUAUAAUCGU